AUGUUCCCAGAUGCUGGCUACACCCACAUCCUACUCCCUCUACAAAGCAUCGCCUCGACCUUCGACAACAUGCUCGUCACACAACCUCCAUCGCCGCAGAUCGUCUUCGGCUACAGGACUGGCACAAAGGAACUCGGAAAGACUCCCGUGCAGCUGACAGUCUCUAACCCGAGUGGUGUGACCAUAGCUGACAUCCGCCGCGCUGUCGCAGCUAAUGGCGCUGGCUACGAUGAACUCAGAUCAAGGAAGCAUGGCGUCACGGUUAUGGAGGUGGAUGUGGAUGUCAUUCUGCCUGGGGAAGAGCAUUUUCGAGAAUUGGAGAGGGAAGGUGUCAUCACUUGUAUGGAGGCUGUGCACUCGUGGUCGUUCGGGCCCAUGAAGGAUACUAUCGCGCAGUUGCAUGAUGAGAUGAAUGGUAGACGCAGUUAUGUUUACGAUAGUCAACAGGCUUACGGACAUUUGAGGUUUUGA